AUGCCGGUACAUAGCGAACUUGGUGGGGUUGGUGCAUUUCCAAAUUGCGGGGUGGGUGUGUGUGUGCAUGACGGCCGCUGCUCUGGAAAUCAGACCGCUUGGGUAGAUAGAAUUGAAAUAUGUAGUAGUUCUAGACCCCAAGUAGAUAGAGAGGGAAAGGAAUUGAAACGCAGGCUAGCUGGACUUGCCGUUAUUUCGAUCUACACCAGGUGGUAG